CGACAUGGAACUACUUUAAUCAGCAUUUUGUCUCCGCAUGAAGGAAAUCCUUGGCAGUUAGGAGCAGGAUGGAAUAUAGUGAGUGAUGCUGACGAUGCUGCAAUAUCUGAUCAACGUUCCAUUUUCAGUUCCACCUUCUUCUUCUUCGUCCUUCUUUAUCACCUGUUCUGAGUAAAUGGAUGGCUCCGAAGUUGGUGAAGUGAAGGAAGUUGCAGUCAAUCUAGAUGCCUUCACCGAGGGAGAAUACGCUUCUCAGUCCAAAAUAUACAAAGAAUUCGCAAGCUUGUCUACCAUUGACAAAGCAUGGACCUUCAAGUCUUCCAAUGGUUUGGGGACACAAACUAUGUUUUCACUUAGCCAACCAAAUCUUUUAUCAAACAAGAAGAAGAAACUUAUGUUGUCAAGUUUCAUCUCUGAAGAUUCUAAUGGCACUUUACAUGUUCAAUGGUCACCAUUUCCAAUUGAAAUCACAGGUGCCUCUGUAAUGGUUCCCUCUCCAUCAGGGAAAAAGCUUCUUGUGAUACGAAACCCUGAAAAUGAUUCCCCCUCUCAGUUUGAAAUUUGGGGUAAAUUUCAAUUAGAGAAGGAGAUUCUUGUUCCUCAAUCUGUCCAUGGUUCUGUGUAUUCAGAUGGAUGGUUUGAGGGAAUUUCAUGGAGCCCAGAUGAAAGUCUCAUUGCUUAUGUGGCAGAGGAAUCGGGUUUCCACAAACCAACAUUUAACAAUAUGGGUUACAAAAAGGAUGUGGGUCCCACUGAUAAAGAUUAUAAUAGCUGGAAAGGUCAAGGGGAUUGGGAAGAAGACUGGGGUGAAGCCUAUUCUGGAAAAAAACAUCCUGCUUUGUUUGUGAUUAAUAUUAACAGUGGAGAGGUUUGUUCUGUAGACAUUGGGAGUUCAUUAAGUGUAGGACAAGUUGUGUGGGGCCCACCAACAAAAGGGUCCCAUCAAUAUCUGGUUUUUGUUGGGUGGCCUUUAAGCAAUAGGAAAUUUGGAAUGAAGUAUUGCACUAAUAGACCUUGUGCCUUAUAUGCUGUAAAAGCUCCAUUAUUUGGAUUAAAAAUCAAAGAGAAUGCUACAAAUAAUGUAUCAUUGAUCAAUUUAAGUGAAGCCACAAGUAGUGCUUUUCUUCCAAGAUUCACUCCAGAUGGAAAGUUUCUUGUGUUUUUAUCUGCUAAAAGUGCUGUAGAUUCUGGAGCACAUAAUGCUACAAACUCUCUUCAUAAAAUCGAAUGGAAUAGUGAAGGAGAACCACAUCCUGCUAAGAUCAUUGAUGUGGUUCCUGUUGUGAUGUGUCGUGAGGAUGAUUGUUUUCCUGGGAUCUAUUGUUUUGAUAUGAUUAGUAAACCAUGGCUUUCAGAUGGAUUUACAAUGAUAUUUUCUUCCAUUUGGGGAAGCAAAGAAGUCAUACUUUCUGUAAAUAUGCUAAGUGGGAAAGUUUCAAGAAUCACUCCUAUUGAUUCAAAUCAUUCAUGGAGUUUACUUUCACUUGAUGGAAACAACAUCCUUGCUUUAUGUAGCAGCUGUAUAGAUGUACCUCAGAUCAAAUAUGGUAGUCUAACUAAAGACGAAUCAAAAGACGCCACCUGGCAUUGGUGGGAUGUUUCAAGCCCAAUAUCUGAAUGUCAAGAGAAAGUCAAAUCUUUACUUUCAUCCCUUCAAUUUGACAUAUUGAAGAUACCCAUCAAGAGUGUCUCCAACAAUCUAACAAAAGGAGCAUGCAAACCUUUUGAUGCUAUAUUUGUGUCCUCAAAAUUAAAGCAUGAUCAUACAUGUGAUCCAUUAACUGUAAUCCUUCAUGGGGGCCCACAAGAUGUUUCAUUAACAAGCUUCUCAAAGUCAUCUGCUUUUCUUGCUUCAAUUGGCUUUAGCUUGUUAGUUGUGAAUUACAGAGGUUCACUUGGAUUUGGUGAGGAAGCAUUGCAAUCACUUCCAGGAAAAGUCGGAUCACAGGAUGUAAACGAUGUCCUUUCAGCUAUAGAUCAUGUGAUUGAUAUGAGGCUUGCAAAUCCAUUGAAAAUAACUGUGGUUGGUUUGUCACAUGGUGGUUUCUUAGCUUCACACUUGAUUGGACAGGCACCCGAUAAAUUUGUUGCAGCUUGUGUGAGGAACCCUGUGUGUAAUCUUGCUUUAAUGGUGGAAACAUCAGAUAUUCCAGAUUGGUGUUUUGUGGAAUCAUUUGGAAGCAAAGGGCUUUCUUUAUAUACUGAAUCCCCUUCAUCUCAACUCCUUUCUUUUUUUCAUCAAAAGUCUCCUAUUUCACAUGUCUCAAAGGUGAAAACUCCUACACUAUUCCUCUUAAGUGCUAAAGAUAUCCGUGUUCCAGUUACAAAUGGAUUGCAAUUUGCAAGGGCAUUAAAGGAAAAAGGAGUUCCAUUGAAAGUGAUUGUUUUUCCUCAAGAUAUACAUCCUAUUAACAGACCACAAUCAGAUUUUGAAAGCUUUGUUAACAUUGGAGUUUGGUUCAAGAAGUAUUGCAUGUAACAUGUUUCUUCAUCUUAGAUUUUAUAUAAAUGACACUGAUUACAACACUUUUGUAUUAGUUCAGGGGCAUGAGUGACACUUUUACAAAAGUUGGGUUACUUAAUUAACAUUAUCCAUUUUAAUA